AAGAAGGACUGGCCGGUGCGGGGAAAGCAGGAACCUGGCAGCCCGGAGGUGAAGCCGGAGCCCGCUGUAGCUGCCGCUGAAGAUGUCCAACAGUGGCCUCAACCCAGAAGACAAGCCGCCAGCCCCUCCCAUGCGGAAUACAAGCACCAUGAUCUGCGCCAGCAGCAAAGAUGUCGGCACCCUCAACCAUGGCUCGAAACCCCUGCCUCCUAACCCCGAAGAAAAGAAAAGGAGAGAUCGUUUUUAUCGCUCCAUCCUGCCCGGAGACAAAGCCAACAAGAAGAAGGAGAAAGAACGGCCGGAGAUCUCCCUCCCGUCAGACUUCGAACACACGAUCCACGUUGGAUUUGAUGCCGUGACAGGCGAAUUUACAGGCAUGCCAGAGCAAUGGGCCCUACUGCAGACGUCCAACAUCACAAUGGAGCAGAAGAAGAAUCCUCAAGCCGUCCUGGACGUCCUCGAAUUCUACAACUCCAAAAAGACCUCCAACAGCCAGAAAUACAUGAGUUUCACAGAUAAAUCUGCAGAAGAUUAUAACUCCUCAAUACUCUGGUGA